UGCGGCGCGGUGUUGUAUGUGUGUAGGUAGGCACACAACACAUACGACUACGUGUGUGUGUGCGUGUACGUGUACGGUUGUUUAGUUUUUAUUCUAGGCUAAUGCGCGGUCUCUUUCUUACGGCUGUACCCUAGGUACCAGUUAUUCGCAAUCGCGAUGCUUGUCUCUCGCUCGCACACGCUUUUUACUCGACGCUCUGCCGAUGCCUCCGCCACCGUCGUCCUCAGUCAGUCGUACGUACGUACUAAACAACUCGCGUAUUUAAAUAAAUAAACUACCUUCCCUUCGAGCGUCGCCGACCCCUCUAUGGGGUUUCAAUUCCAUUUCGAAAGUGUUUACUUUUGACUAAUGCUUGUUCCUUCUGCUCUUCUUCGCGUCUCCUACCUAAUCGCCGUCGAAUCGGGAAUUUUCCCUCUGCGUAUCCGAUCCUCUCUCCUUCUUAUGUACGUGCUCCCUUCACACCGCUGAUAAAUCACCGCCUCGCUGUGCCGGGCUCAGUUUUCAAGACGGUUACAUCGCGUACUCAUUUUCCCGCCACUAAUUUCGCCGGCAACCUGCAACGUCGCCGAGCAAUAAGUUUUUCUCAGCAGACGUUUCUUUUUUUUUUACGAUUACGACGACGACGCGUUUUUUUUCUUUUCAGCCUUUGACUGAAUUUUAUUGUAUAUUUUUCACUUUACAUAUAUAUGUGUGCUCGUAUCAAUUUAAGCUUACGUGUUUUUUGCUAUCGUAUUGUUUUCUAUAGAAUAUCUAUCAGUCAAGUCGCCGGUUCAGCUACGAUUGGUCUUCUCGCCGGGUUCAAUUGACGCGAAUUUACGUUGUCGCCAAGUUCAUCGCCGGGUAUACGCGAACGUUGCAUUUUUCCGGCACGAACGACUGCUUUGGUCGAAAUUUUCUCGAUCGCGAAUUGACUUUGUCGCAGUAAUGGUCUCGUGCUUGCGAUCUUCGCACGGAUUUCGUUCCUGAUCGUUUUUCUGCUGUGCGUUUCGGCGUUAAUCUCUAAUUGGCUGCAUCUACCGGCUCGCUGGCGUUGCGAAAAUCCCGACAGGAUUUUGCCAAUUUACGUUUUAAUUCGAGUAGAUUAUGAAAAAAUAAUAAAAUUCGGACACGACGUCGACCCAAAGAGUAGUGCGAAUAAAUAUAAGAAAAAUAUAAAUUAUAAUGCAUUCGUGCAGAAAACGUUGCAAUUCGGAUCAAUGCGGUGUGGCUGUUUUCGACGGAAGAUCGUACCCUGCUCAGCCUCCUUUAUCGUUAAUCGACGAUUUAACCGUCAGAGAAUUAACCAGGGUGGCUAUGUUACCUACUUCGCAACAAUUGGCUGCUUUAUCGUUGCCUCUUUUGUAUCAACAACAAUACGAGUUAUUUCAGUUGAUCAGAAACUCGUCCUAUCUGCAGCAAUCUAUUAAUUUACAUCAUGCCAAACAAAAAUAUCAAAAUAAUUUAUUAGAUUUUCAAAACUGCGAAUCGUCGAGCACUCGCAACGAAAAACCACCCUAUUCUUAUAUAGCGCUGAUCGCGAUGGCUAUAACAUCGUCGCCUAAUCAAAAACUAACGCUGAGUGGCAUUUACAAAUACAUUUCCGAUAAAUUUCCUUAUUACCGCCAGAAUAGGCAAGGAUGGCAGAAUUCCAUAAGGCAUAAUUUAAGUCUGAACGAUUGUUUCAUAAAAGUGCCACGUGAUAAAUCUUGUGAUGGAGAAGGCGGAGGUAAAGGCAGUUAUUGGACUUUGGAUCCGGUCGCGGCGUCGGAAAUGUUCGAAAGAGGCAAUUACAGAAGACGAAGGAUUCGUAGAAAUCGAAGUAACUCUAGUCAGGUGAAAGAAUUGGAUAAUAAACCCGAAGCUUUCGACAUAUCAAAAAUGUUAGACUUAAGUCGUAAAUCGAAUACCAUCGAUACGGAUAGAUCGUCUCCGGAAUCACCCAACACGCCAGAUCUUUAUCAUAAUAAUAAUAAAUCUAUGUUUCAAGAAAACGAUUCGACUUCGAUGAUGACGACGACGACGACGACGAUGAUGAUGGAAACCGACAGCAACAAGGUUUACACGUCGAAUGGAAAUAAAUUAGCGUUCACUAUUGAAAAUUUGAUUAAAAAACGAGUCGAAAGUGGAGAAGUUUCGUUAAUAAAAGCUACUAAAACACUCCCGGAUACCAUUAUCAAAUCCGCGACUAAUUUAUAACGUAUAUAUUUUGAACGACGAUGUUUGUACCUACAUUUUAUUUUUGAUUUGAUUUUUUUUUCCAUUGUAACUCUCAUUUUUUCUCCUUUUUUUCUCGUUCUCAUUUUUUUUUUUUUUUUUACUUUAUAAAAUGAAUAAAGUUUUUGAAAUAUG